CGUAACGAGGUGCCCUAGCCAGGGGCCGCGGCCCCGGGCCCGGCUACGAUCGUGACGUCAGCGAAUGACGUCAGAAGAGCCCGCGAUUAUCGAUUGAUGACGCUGCCUGAGGCUCGGUUAUCAAGGCGGACCAGCCGGCUCAGCGCGGACUCCCUCAGCUGGCACCACUCGGAUCAGAAUGCCCGAAGUGUCCCAGUCGCUGCUCUCCGCACGACAGCAGCAGCAGGAAAGAAAAUCUACAAGUCCUGACCCUGAAGGAGACUAUGGCGGUCAUCGACCGGAAAAGAUCCACAAAAACGCGCUGCCUGACCUCUGGCUUCGACUCAGCUUUCUCAAACGCCGGUUCGGCGACUCAUCGGCCCGGGCCUCAGUGCGCCCGUCAUCGGCGGAAGCCAAGCAAUGGGCGCUCUCCUUCGCGGACCUGGCCGCAUCAAAAUAUGGUCUGGCACUCUUCCACGUGUUCCUGUCCCGGGAAUUCAGCGAAGAAAACCUCGAGUUCUGGCUUGCCUGCGAGGAGUUCAAGAAGUGCCGGUGCAACAAGCUCCCCGUGAAAGCCAAGCGAAUCUUCAAUGAGUUCAUUGCUCCUCGAGCACCCAAAGAGGUUAAUUUGGAUGCCCUAACACGGAGCCAGGUGAUGGACAGCCUGUCUCACCCCGACCGGCAGUCGCUGGACCGGGCUCAACGUCGCGUGCAGGGACUGAUGGAGCAGGACGCGUACCUGCGCUUCCUCCAGUGCGACCUCUACCUGGAACUCUGUCGCGAGGAGCCACAGGAGCACCAAGACCAGAGCCCUUAAAAAGGCCCUCCCGGUCGACCAUCCGCAGCGGACGUUCCCCAACUGUGCCUUUAUGCUAAUCCUUUUUGGAAAGAGGGAGGAGACAUGUCAACGUAUACUGCCAUUUUAGAACCCGGCGUGUUUUAGCGCACCUGUGCAGACAAUAUUGCCUGAAACUAUUGUUUUACAUCUACUACCCCACCGACAUCCAUUUUCUUUUUUGUGCCGAAUUCCUAUUUAACUUUGCAGUAUGUCUGCGGAAUCGCCGAGCGAAGAAUAUCCCUCAGAAGCACUGCCACGAAGAGCUCUCAAUCCACGAUUGUUUCAUUUCCUGAUCAUAUAGAGACCGCGCUCUCAGCUUCCACCCCCUCUUCGACUCCCAAGACCGAGUAGCUGAAAGCAACCAAUACUUCACACUGCCGCAAACAUCUGGGAUGCAAGACGACUGACUCUUUACUUUGGAAGUCGUUUUUUUGUUGUUGUUUUUUUUCGUUGUAUCAUUUGUGGCCACGCAGCCCGAAGGCACAAUGAG